AUGCCAAAGUUACCAUUCAUACCAAAUCUCGGCGACAGCGAAGAGUGGCAGCUAUUGAUGCUCAUUCAGCCUCUCUUUGCAUUAGAGCUGCCAUGGAGCUUCACUCCGACAAAAUCCUCCACAGAUGCUGAAGCUGCGGCUGAAGCUGCCGACUUCGUUUCAACUAUUGGACUAUUCAAAAGCGACGUUCGAGCUUUGCCGGGAUUCCUGCCGGAAAACUUCCUGUCUCAUACAGAAUUCGUAAACUGCAGAAAAGCACUUCGGGAUUUGCUCGCUUUUUUUGAUGGUCUGGUCGAUAGCAACGUCCCUGCGAUCGACGGAGCGGACGAAUUACCGCCUCCAUCAGAAGAGGCUCCCUCCACAUGGGGAGCUGGAUGGUACCAAAACGUUAACGAUGUCAUAACCUGGAUGGGUCCCAAGAGCAAAGACGCUGGUCUGUUGACGUUUUUAACGCGACCGUUUACAGCUAUUGCUCAGAUUGUCACGAGGAAAGUUGAACAGACGACAGGGAAUACCAAAGUGUCCGACGCGGCAAGCGAGGCCCCUAGGUAUCACAACCUCAACAGGCUGGCGGCAUGGGUUCAACAUCACAAUCUGGACACGGAAUCCUGGGCUCAAGGUCACCAGCAUCGAGAGGUCAUUACUAAAUGUCAAGUGUUCCUCACUUUGAAACAUCCUAUCAUGAGAAUCCAAAACGGAGGAGCCAUGCUGAGAAGUGUAACGCACAAGCUGAGAUCUUCCUCUUUGCGCAAGUCCCAUUCUCCUAAAAGACAGAUUGCCACCACAAACUGGAAGCAUCGCAAGCCUAGAGAGCUUUCUCACCAGCUUUAUUGUCUUCUUCAGAAACGAACUUGUCAGGUCAAUGGAGCUCACAAGGCCAAACUUCAGCUUGACGGGUUCCUACUAGACAAUCUCAAAGAGCCACUAAGAUUAGGCGUUUUCCUAUCGUCUUGCCCCCCACCGUGCUACAAGGUGUGGCUUCCCGGACAAUAUUCUUCAGCGAAGGAGACUUUAAUAGAUUCAGACCACGAUGAGCUCGAUCUCUGUCGCCUCUUCGGCCAACAUCACCGACACACAGAUGAGGGAAUCCCUAUUUUGAGCCUCCUCUUCAUUGAAGAUUACAUGAUAUUAGACCUUGACAACAUCGAUUCAUCUCCGUCAGUUUUUCAACCCGCCUCUCCGACCAUGUCCCUUGCCUCUGUUGUUGAAAGCGGCCUCUUAGGAGGUCCGCAUGGAAAUGGUCAGUUUACAGAUGGAGAUAAAGCCAUGCUCGCUUUAUCGCUCGGCCGAUGUCUGCUACAUCUUUUCUCCGGGGCAUGGAUGCAAGAGGUUUGGACUACUGAGUCUAUUCACUUUCUAUGCCAGUCAGACGAGAAUGAAGACAGGAUAUUCGACAUACAUCAUCCAUUUGUCACCUGCUCUCUCGCAAAAGUCAGUCGCGCGGACUAUGCGGAACCCAUCAGGCUUACGCCAACCACAUGUGAGCCAUUUGUACGCAAUUUUGCCAUUAUUCUCUUGGAAAUCGAAACUGGUAAGAAACUGGACAUCCAAGACCCAUAUUCCCCCGAAUUCCAAACAGUGAUGGGUGAUCACCUUCAAAGACUAUGGGCGAGCCCUCGGGGAGCAGAAGUACCAUCGUACAUUGGCGCUAUACUCGGUUGCAUCGACUUCGCUGAAGCGCUCCAAAGGGUUAACGAAAACCCAAUUACCCGGUUUCGCCGGGACAAGGGGAAUCAAGCAGAUUAUAUCUGUAGCCUAGAAGAUGUUCGAAACAUCAUACAUCUUCGAGUUGUUAAAAAACUCGAAAGUCAUUAUGCACAAUUUCCGGAUAACAUCCAAGUUUUUGCAGGUGGAUAUCUGAGGUCUCCGAGAAGCCCCUGGACAAGAACACAGACGUUUUCGGGACUUGCCAAUUCUAAGAGGCCACAGCAUAACCCAACGGUCUACAGUUCAAAAACGCCACUUUAUCAAUUUAACAGCCGUGACAUAAGUCCAACUAGCACAGACUUGGUUGGCCAUACGAGCGCGUUUUCUAGAGACUUUGAGCAGUUCCACAGACGCUUUAUUCGGCCCAUCAUGAGAAACGGCGAUAAGAGGAUCCAUCGUGUCAAAAUUGUAUUGCUGGAUACAGGCAUCUAUAAAAGUCAAAGCGACCUGCAUGCCUUACGCCAAAAAGUCAAGAAAUAUAGACAAAGACAGGGUUUCGAACAGGACAAAGACCAAGACCCAAUCAAGGAGUGCAAGUCCUUCGUCCAAGACCAAGUCAAGGAUAAAACCGGACAUGGGACUCAUGUAGCUUGCCUUCUUCUUGAAUUUGCACCAGACGCUGAUAUAUACAUUGGAAAAAUUUCGACUACCAUGGAAUUUGCAGAUCAUGAACCCGUCAAGAAGGCUAUCGAAUGGGCAACGGAAGUUGUGGCUGCAGACAUUGUUACCAUGUCCUUUGGUACUACAACGCCCAGUAGGAUGGUAGAAGAAGCGAUCAGCACGGCCCAAUCUAGGAGAACGUUCCAGGGCCAUGCGCCUGUUUUCUUUGCAUCAGCAUCAAAUCAUGGACUUCGCAGGCCCAAGCGCACUUUUCCAGGUUCAGACCCUAACGUGAUUUGCGGCUUUGCACUCGACGGGAACGGGGGAGACAAUUCCAGCCUGAACCCGGAAUAUGAAGAAGGGAAAGACCACUUUGGUACUCUAGGAGUAGGCAUAAGUGUCAUGUGGGAACAUCAAGAGGGGAAAGAAGAAACUCGCCUUACGUCAGGGACAUCAUAUGCAACUCCGGUUCUUGCAGCCAUUGCGGCUAAUUACAUGACUUGGCUAGAUAUGAAUGCAGGGAAGCUGGGAGAGCCAUUAUAUAUGGCUGCUCGGGAGAAACGGGGCAUUGAAACCGUUUUCAGGGAUUUGAUGAGCCGAAAGAAGAGGAAGGCGGAUGAGAUUUCAUUUAUCUCACCGUGGAAGUUCUUCCAAUUCAUGCAUUUAGAGACCAAAGGAUCAAUUCUUGAUCCCAUUUUGGAUUCAACCGUGUUAAAGAUAGAUUCCCAAACUGCCGACGAUUGUCUUGGAUCGAUUCGUUCCAAAAUUGUGGUACCGGGGCCUUAG